UAACAACGCACCCGAUGCGAAAGCGAGCAAAUUUCUUUGGAGUGGUGGAGAAACGCUCCGCGCGGUCUCCGCUCGUGGCUUAGACUUGUGCGUAUUCGCCGUGGUCGGGAACAGCGGCGAGGCAUUAUCUUGUCGUGUUUCAUGAGGCUGGGCGUUGAUAGCUUGACAUCAGGAUCGGCCCAGGAUUUUCUUUAAUAUCCUGAGGAGGUCGCAAUUAGAAUCCGGAUCAGAUCAUCUCAUCGCAUUUCCUGCGCAAUCCGCAUUUCGCCUGUUCAUAUUCAUCCUUCAAGUAUUCCUCUUUCCACCCGACCAUCUAUUGCUCUUAUAGCGAUUGCGCGCUUCCCAGCAUCUACCACCCAACGCUUUUUCGACUACACCCAUUCUACUACCUACGUCGCAUCCCAACCCCAAUCCGCCAAAAUGUUGACCAACCGCCGCUCAACGAUGAUGAUCCCCCAGAACAUGCCAAGCUACCGGCCUGAUCCCACGCCCGAAACCGAACCUCACUGCCGCACACCCUCCGUCCUCACUGCAACCACCGACAACCUACCCGGCCAUCGUGUUGUCAAGGUCAUAGGCACUGUCCACGGCAUGACCACAUGCGCGCGCAAAGACACCAAGACCUUCCUCAAGGCAGUCGGCAACGGGAGCGAAGCGAAGAGCCUCACACACAUGCUCUAUAACGCCCGCGAUCAAGCCAUUGAGAGGAUGGUGAAGGACUGCAUCAGCCGGGGAGGAAACGCUAUCGUCGGCAUGAGCUUCGGCGAGAGCGAGGUGCUGGGCUUCGCGCAAGUCAGUGUGUAUGGGACCGCUGUGUUCGUGGAGAGGGAAGGCAAGCCCGAGGACCGAUAUACGCUCAAAUGACUAGAGACGUCGGAUCCAUUCGAGGAUCCACAAAAGAGGGAAGGGACUGAGUAAGCAGACUGGAUCAAAGCAACACGCCGUCCAUCGGGUUAUGGACGCCUCACGAUUCGAUGAACGGGGUCAGCGCGAGCAGGCACACCUCAGCGACGACACUGAUUCGGCGUUUGCAGGCGUUUACCAGGACGACUACGACACGCAAAUAGCGGAAUCGUUCAAAGGAAGCAAUUCUUCCAGCUGGCGCGCUCUUCGCUUGACGACUUGAACAGGAGAUACCCGGGGAGUUUAGCCAGUAGUGCGUAAUGCGGAAACAUGUUCAUAUGAUAGGGGGAUUCUUUGUACUUACUUCUUUCUUUUUCUUACUAUGUUCUUCAUCGCAGUAAUACAUGGCUUCCUCCAUCGACCUCAACGCUUCUUCAUGGGUGCCUCUCCG